CUUUUGAAACAUCACAACGUACAAGACAAGGGUUUCUGUUUUUUUCAAGCAGAGGGAUUUAUUAUUGUCAGCUUUUUUGAGAAAGAAAAAAGAGAAACGUCAGUCUGUCCCUCUUCCGGUGUCGUCCGGUUACUGCGGCGGAUGUUGAUGUUUUGUUUCUUGCUGAACGAUGUGAACUGUAUCGUCUCCGGGACGGGUUGGUAAUAUUUCUGUCGCUGUGUCCACGGCCCAGUCUUUACUUUUUCACGGUAAGGUUUUACUAUUUGUCGGCAUCGUGUCUCUCCCGGUGUCUCUCCCGGGAAGCGCGAGGCCAAGUCGUGCGAUGAUGGAGGAUUUUGAUGAGAUCUACGAAGAGGAGGAGGAGGAAGAGGAGGACGAGGACAGGGCCGCCGAGGAGCAGCUCCUCAAGUACGCUCCGGACCCGGUGGUGGUGCGAGGGUCCGGCCACGUCACUGUGUUUGGUUUGAGUAACAAAUUUGAAUCAGAAUUCCCUUCAGCACUUACGGGAAAGGUAGCACCAGAGGAAUUCAAAGCCAGUAUCAACCGUGUAAACAGCUGCCUGAAGAAGACACUGCCAGUGAAUGUGCGGUGGCUCCUUUGCGGCUGCCUCUGCUGCUGCUGCACUUUGGGCUUCAGUUUGUGGCCUGUCAUCUGCCUCAGCAAGAGGACAAGAAGAUCUUUAGAGAAACUUCUGGAGUGGGAAAACAGUAGACUUUACCACAAGCUGUGUUUGCAUUGGAGACUAAGCAAAAGGAAGUGUGAAACCAACAACAUGAUGGAAUAUGUAAUCCUAAUAGAGUUCUUACCUAAGAUCCCCAUCUUCAGACCGGACUAGCACAGCUGUGGCUGAUCUUUAAUCUCUACUGCUGUCCUCGAUGGCUGUCCAGCUCCAGAAUAAUUUACCCAUCACCAAAUACUCCCAAUAUUUUUGGUUACAGGUUUGCAUUAAUCCUCCCUAGUCCUCCAGCAUAUACUCUCUCCACAUCAUUGUUUACAAAUCCAGUAUCCCAACACUUUUAUGACUGGCUUCACCCCUAAAUCAUGGGCUAUUUGGUAAGCUGUCUCCCUGUGCAGCCAUGCUCACCACCACCAGCCUGUGUGAUGUCAGUGGAGAACUAGCCAAGGACAGCAUUUUGGACUCUGAUACAGAGAUAGGACUCUGAAAAUGGAUUUCAGAACUACAACUGGAAUUUUGUCACUUGUUUGUUCCCUUACCUAAACACAUGGCACAGUCAGGCCAUAAUGACAGAACAUCUUCACAUACCUUUUGAAACAUCGCUGAGCUCACCUGCAAAAGAACACACAGUGGUGCUGUUCAAACAGCUGGCUGGGAGCUCUCGGUCAUUACAAGCAGCUGUGGAAGCAAGAUCACAUAGAAAUUGAAGGGAACCUUCAUCAAAGUCAUCUCUGCAGCUGACAGAUGAGUCUCACAGAAACAGGCUGGAGGAGCAGAGCUCAAUAAUGUCAUCCUCCACAGCACCCUGACAUCCUCUCAUAGCUCUGCACACUUCACUGUGCGUCCCCCAGUGACAAUCACACACUGACUGUACUCUAUGUGGUGUGAAUGGUUCUAUAUGCUACACUGUUUACGUGAAACUUUAUGAUUUUAACAUUACCUGUGUCCAGGUGAUGGCUGCCUAGAAACUGCUACUGAGUCGCAGUGGAACAAGUAAAAAGAAAGCCAAGAGAAGAAACCCUUUUUUUUUAAAUAUUUUGAGUUUUGUUAACUGUUUUGGUGAAAGAUUGGCCGUCAGUGCUUGCUAGCGAGGUACGUUAUGUGUGUGUGAGAGAGGGAGAGACAGACAAGCAAAAAAAGAGACAAAUCAGAUAAAGUGAUGAAUCUUUACUCUGUAAAGCAGGGUGCUUUCUUUUACCAGUUUCUUUGCCAUUACCAGUCUGUUUUUUUAUUGUAGUAAUUUAUACAUGCAUGAGUGCAUAUGUAAUAUUUACAUUUGUGUAAUAGGCCUCGUUCUUUUUCAUUGUUUUUCUUUUUUUUUUUAGGAAAUAUAUGCCAUGUUUUUUUUAUCAACAUCUUUGGUCAUGUCAUCACUAAAGCACACAAUUGAUUUGUUCUUAACAGAUUCAUGGCCUGUAUUUCUUAUCUGCUGACCUUGACUUACACCCAUACAUGCACAUGGGUCAUAAAGUUAAAGAUGUGACCCUUAUGAUGGAGCUCCUAAGUGUUCAGAGGUCUUGGUGACCCAAUGUGUAAGAUCCUUUUAAAGGUGUGUUAGAUAAUACCAGGGUUCUGUGUCAUAAAGAAAUAUCCGUGAAGUUAAAGAACAGGCUGAUCCCAAAUCAGGAAUGUAGAUCCAACACUGCAGUAAGUGAUUUCUCUUAAUUAUUAACAUGGUGGUAUUAUUAACUGCCUCAGCAGUUCAGCUCCUCUGAGUUUCAGUGUCCCUCAGUUUACUGUUUUGUUUUUUUGGCCUGCUGGAUUAAUUUUUAGCUUCAGUUUUACCAGUCUAAUCAGAGGCAGGCAGCUGUUUGUAGAGAGAAGCUCCAAUUAAUUCACAUUAUCCUUCAACCCACAGUGGAACCUUCAUCUAAAUAAAUGAUUCCCUGCUGAGAUAAUGACAUUUAUAACAGAAAGAUUAACACUGAUAAUUAUGUGACAUGAUAAUUGUGUUGCGCUUUGUUCCUUGAAAUUGUCAGCAGACAGCUCUUCACCAUUUUUGGUCAAAAGGAGACUAAAAUGUAAUUCAGUGAAGGUUCAGGCAGAAGGAUCAAUUACCCAGCCUACACUCCUGCUCAGUGUAAAAUCAUUUUUUCCUCUCUUUGUUAUAGAUUAAAUUAGAUAGCAUGUCUGAUUUAAUGAAGCAACCAAUCAUUUGACAGGUUCUUCAGAUAUGCACUGAAUUGGUGCCCCCCUCAAUCAACACACCUCUUGAUUUAUACUCAAACAUACAGAUACUGAGAUCAAGUUAAGACGAAGACGGUCGUAUUUUCUUGCUCAGCUCUGGCGAUUGUAUGGAUCACACUCAGGGGUUUGUACAACUUAAAAUGUAGCAUUGAAAAAUGUCACCAUCAGGUUUCAGUCCAAAGACAAGACAAGGGGUUAAAUAUCUAACAGAGAUCAUACGUUACCUGAAUGACUAUGACAUUUGGAAUUAGUUUAGAAAAUAGAAAAUGCUCCUGAGGAUGAAAUAACCAAGUCUUUAUAUCCCUCACACAGUAAAGGAAGCACACAAUCCACUUCACUUGAUUACCACUGGGUUGCCUAUCGGUUCAUUAGUCAUUUUUCUAUGCUUUGGUUGUGGUUCUAUGUAAAUCAAGGCAUAAGGCCAUAUGCAGAUAUUUGUGUGUGUGUGAGAGAGCAGAAAUGUGUGUCUGUGUGUGUGCAUGAUGUAUGCGGAUGCAAAUGUUCUCCAGUAGAUCUCAGACUGUGAUUGAAACCCUGCACAGAAAAUGAGUCCUUUUUAUAUAAUCUAAAGUGCUGUGUGUGUGUGGGUGUGUGACAGAACAAUGUAAUAUGUACAUAUGACUCCUGGGCAGGUGUGUGUACAGUAAUAAAGUACCAAUAAACAAGGUUACGGGCA